AUGUCUUCGCCUCGGAGAUUGGGCCUUGGUAUCAUUGGUGCUGGUGAGGUCUUCCAAGUAUGCCAUGGGCCUUGUCUCUUGCUCCUCUCGCACCUGUUCAAGAUCGAAUCUAUCUGCGAUUUAUCGCUCAAGACAGUAGAGCACUGUGCCACGAAAUUCAAUGUCCCGCACAAGACCACCACCCCGCAAGCGGUGAUCGACAACCCCAACGUCGAGGCAGUCUUCAUUCUCACCUCAGAUGAAAGCCACGCUCCGCUGGCCAUUUCCAGCCUCAAUGCAGGCAAGCACGUUUUUGUUGAGAAGCCUGUAUCUUUGUCUCUGGCCUCCAUCCAGUCGAUCAUCGACGCCGAGGAGAAUGCCCCCGGAGGCGCCCGAGUUUUUGUGGGCUACAUGCGCCGCUAUGCUCCGAGCUUCCUGCAGGCUUUCAAGCGAGAGAUUGCCACUAUCCCGAAAAUUCUGUACGCGCGAGUCCGCGACUUCAGCGGCCCUAAUGCGCAAUUCGUCAACCAGAGCGGCACCUUCCAGGUCAAAAACACUGAUUAUCCCGCCGGUGCUGCCGAGGAACGCAACGCACGCUUAGAGGCUCUCUAUGCAGAGGCUUUCCCGAACCAGGAUAUCACAGACGAGAAGAGGAAAUUUUGUCGCUUCCUUGGUAGUUUAGGUUCUCACGAUAUUUCCCUCAUGCGCGAAGUCCUGGGCUUCCCCGAAAAGGUCGUCGGCGUGUCUGCCCACGAUCCCUUCUACAGCGCCAUAAUGACGUUCCGCAAUCAAGAUGGAUCAACUUACUCGACUACCUAUGAGAGUGGUAUUGAUGGAGUCCCCGUCUUUGACGCCCACGUCACUGUUUAUGGCGCCAACAAGAGAGUGACGAUUAAGGCAUGUGUCUUCCUCCCCAUGACUUUCCCCCCAUACGUCAAAGGCCUGCCAAUUUAUGUCGAAGUGGAAGAGCCGAACGAGCACGGCGAAAUCCAGCGACGGACUAUGCUAUCUUCAUAUGAGGAUGCUUAUACGGCCGAGCUUCAGGAAAUGUACGAGGUAUUUGUGAAUGGCAAAGCCAUCAAAUCGACUGUACAAGAUGCCAAAAAGGAUCUUGAGAUUUAUGAUAUGAUGUACAGAUGUUGGAGCGGUAACUAG